CCACUCAACUGGCUCAAUUAUUUUUUAUUCUAUCAAUAUAGUAAAGUGAUGAUCUCAUUUGAUUACACAAGUACUGAUGUAGUUCUUUGCUACAUAGAAUAUUUUGUAUAAAUCGCCCAACGUUAGAGUCAAUAUUAUAUAAAUGGAAGCAAUAAUUUAUGGAGAAAGUCAUAAUGUGCCAAAGUACGAAAAUGGUAUAUGGAAAGGACCAAAAAAGAUUUUUCCUGAAAGAUACUAUGAAUACGGAGAAAUACUUCUGACAACCAUGAGAAAAAAUUCAACUCUGAUUGGACAAAUUGACGCUAUAACCGAAAAACAUGAUACUUUUGGAGAUAUGAUUGAUAGAUGUAUAAGAUGUGCUUUGUGGAUGAAAAAACAAAAUAUUAAGCCAGGUGAUAUUAUUGGUAUAUCCACAGGCAAUCAUUUGAACUCUAUUAUUCCUGUCAUCAGUUCAUUGCUAAUUGGAUCAGUAUUUAACCCAUGGUGGGAUACUGAUGAAGAAGAGCUUAUUCGACAUUUCAUUAAUUUUGUGCAACCAAAAGCUAUUUUUACUGCUGAAACAAAUGUAAAACUUAUUCAAAAAGUGAUUAAUGAUGAUCAUAUUGAAUUGAAAGUUAUUGUAUUUGGAAAAGUAGAAGGUUUAGAAUCGUUUGAUGAUAUCUUGGCAGCACAAGAUGAUAAAGAAGUGGCCAAUUUUGAAUGUACAAAAAUCAAACCUGAUCAACCUGCUAUGAUUCUGUACACUUCUGGAACUACAGGAAUUCCAAAAGGUGUUGUUAUAUCAUAUCAAUCUAUUGCACAAUGUCAAGCUUUUGUUCCAAAAGAAUGGAUGGAAAAUUCAACUGGAAUGAAUUUCUCAUCAGUUGCAUGGGUAUCAGGAAUAAUUAAUCCUCUUGCUGCAAUACUAUCGGGAUCGAAACUUACUGUUUUUUAUGGAAUUUCUGAAUCCGAGAGCUUUGAACUUAUCAGUAAAUACAAAGUAAAUUGGAUAACUAUGGGAACUGGAGUUGCAAAUAGAAUGUCAAGAGAUCCUGUUUUUAAAAAACAUGAUUUUUCUUCUGUAAAAUAUAUUUCUUUUGGUGGUGCACGAGUUAGAAAGAAUGUCCUUGAUUUUUUGGAACAAACUUUUUCAAAUGCCUGGGUUCUUCAUUGUUAUGGUUCAACUGAAAUGGGAAGUACUAUAACCCUCACAGAACGAGUCCACCAUGCAGAAUCAUGUGGCAAAGUAGUACCCAAUGUUGAAAUUAAAGUUAUGAGUAUAAAUAAACAUGAAAACAAAGUUCUCGGGGCAAAUGAAGAAGGAGAGUUAUAUGUUAAGACCCCAACAAUAAUGCUAUGUUAUUUUAAAAAUCCAGAAGCAACUGCAGCAGUACUUGAUGCUGACGGAUGGUUUUGCACUGGGGAUUUAGGAUAUUAUAACGAAAGUGGAGAAUUUUUCAUUUCUGAUAGAAUCAGAGAAUUAAUUAAAUAUAGAUUAGUGCACAUACCUCCAGCUCCAAUUGAAAAUAUGAUACAAAAUUACCCCGGAGUAUGUGAAGUGGCUGUUGUAGGAAAACCAGACAAUGAUGAUGUUGAGCAACCCAUGGCUUUUAUUGUAAAAACACCCGGAGUUAAUAUAACAGAGGAAGAAAUCAUAGAAUUUGUUGAUAAAAAUCUACCAGAGCGUUUUAAAUUACGAGGAGGAGUUAAAUUUAUUGAUGCUUUUCCUCGAACACCAUCUCAAAAAAUCGCUAAGAAAAUUCUUCGUGAGAUGGCUGCAAAAAUGAUUUCAAACUAAAUUAAAUACAUCUAUAAUAAUAUAAAUAUCAAAGAAUAAUGCAAGAGUUUCAUGAAAUGAAAUUUUAUAAAAUAUUAUAUGCGUUUAAGUAAAAAAACAAU